AAAGGAGAAAGCCUCACUCUCACACUGCUUCACUCAGAUCUGCAAGAGAGAGAGAGAGAGAAAAGGAGAGAGAUGGUCGUCGGCUCCUUAAGCCUUCUGUUCCUCCUCUUCGUCUUCUUCCUGCCAUCGCCAUCUUCCCUUCUUAUCGUCUCUUCAUCCUCUCUCUCCCUCCAGACAGAUGAAUGGAAGCGCGCAACUGCGACGUACUACGCGGCGAACGAUCCCCUCGACACCCUCGAGGGGGCGUGUGGGUACGGGGAUCUAGGGAAGAAAGGCUAUGGGCUGAGCACGGUGGCGCUGAGCGGAGCGCUGUUCGGAAAAGGGGAAGGGUGCGGUGGGUGCUACGAGCUGAAGUGCGUGGAGGACCUGCAGUGGUGCAUCCCGGGAACCUCGAUCGUCGUGACGGCGACCAACUUCUGCCCUCCCAACUACGCCCUCCCCCUCGACUCCGGCGGCUGGUGCAACCCUCCCAACCAGCACUUCGUCAUGCCCAUCGCCGCCUUCGAGAAGAUCGCCAUCUGGAAGGCCGGAAACAUGCCCGUCGACUAUCGGAGGGUCAAGUGUUUGAGGGCUGGGGGAACCCGGUUCACCAUCAACGGCUUUGGUUUCUUCCACUCCGUCCUCAUCACCAAUGUCGCCGGCGCCGGCGACGUUGUCGGCGUGAAGAUAAAGGGGUCCGCCACGGGAUGGCUUCCGAUGGCAAGGAACUGGGGCCAAAACUGGCACUGCAAUGCAGAUCUAAAGAAUCAGGGGCUCUCGUUUGAGGUGACCGCCAGUGAUGGGAAGACCCUGACGUGCUACAACGUUGCACCAUCGACUUGGGCGUUUGGACAGACUUUUGAAGGAAAGCAGUUUCCCUUAUGACACGGAUCAUCGGCUUCUAUCUUUUCUGUUUUUCUUGUUUCUUUUUCUCUGGCGUCUGAGUGGAAAAGAACGAAAAGGUUGAUGAGUGAUUGGGAAGAAAAAAUUGUCCAUUAAAAGAUACGAAGAGUUGCAAGAAAAGAAAAGAAGAUGGUUGUUGUAGUGUGGGGGUGAGCAUGGUAUCGAUUGUGAUGUGGAUGCUUGACUAAUUUGCAUCAUGCAAAGGAAUAUUUAUUUA